UUAGUCCAAAAUUCAAAUUCAAACUACAUCUGUGUCGCUCCCUUUCCCCCCUUCCUUCUCUCCCAUCCGUCUCAACACCACCAUGUCAUCCACCACCACUCCCACUAAAACCCCAUCCACAUCCACCAGGUCAAGGCGGCAUUCCGAUUCCAAAUCUCGCUUUGAAGCCUACAAUCGCCUCCAAGCCGCAGCCGUUGCUUUCGGCGAGACUCUCCCAAUCCCUGAAAUCGUUGCCGUUGGUGGUCAGUCCGAUGGAAAAAGCUCCCUCCUCGAAGCUCUCCUCGGUUUUCGCUUCAAUAUCCGUGAGGUCGAGAUGGGUACUCGUCGCCCUCUCAUCCUUCAAAUGCUUCACGAUCCCUCCGCUCUUGAACCUCGCUGCCGCUUCCAGGAGGAAGAUUCAGAAGAGUAUGGAAGUCCGGUGCUUUCAGCAACUACAAUUGCCGACAUUAUAAAGUCUCGGACUGAGGAGCUUUUGAAGAAAACCAAAACAGCAGUUUCUCCUAAGCCAAUUGUACUCAAAGCUGAAUACGCUCACUGUCCUAACCUUACCAUUAUUGACACCCCGGGUUUUGUUCUCAAGGCCAAGAAGGGUGAACCGGAGAACACACCUGAGGAGAUUAUUUCCAUGGUGAAGACAUUGGCUACUCCACCCCACCGUAUACUCUUGUUUCUUCAGCAAAGUAGCGUUGAGUGGUGCUCCUCCUUAUGGUUGGACUCAAUUCGUGAAAUUGAUCCCUCCUUUAGACGUACAAUCAUUGUUGUUUCCAAAUUUGAUAAUCGUCUCAAGGAAUUUAGUGACCGGUGGGAAGUGGAUCGCUAUUUGAGUGCAAGUGGUUAUCUUGGAGACAACACUCACCCUUUUUUUGUCGCCCUGCCUAAGGAUAGGGGUAACAUUUCAAAUGAAGAGUUCCGCAGGCAGAUCUCCAAUGUGGACUCAGAGGUUAUGCAUCAUCUUCGUGACGGUGUCAAGGGAGGUUUUGAUGAAGAAAAGUUCAAGUCAUAUAUUGGUUUUGGCCGUCUGAGGGAUUAUUUGGAGUCUGAGCUUCAGAAGAAAUACAAAGAAGCUGCUCCAUCAACUCUUGCACUUCUUGAGCAAAGGUGUACUGAGGUAACUUGUGAACUUGCUGGAUUGGAUUCCAAAAUUGAGGCCACUUCAGAUAUUUCUCACCUGAGGAAAUUUGCAAUGCUGUGUGCAGCUUCUAUCAGCAACCAUGUGGGUGCCUUGAUUGAAGGUGCAGCGGAUCCUUCCCCUGAGCAGUGGGGGAAAACAACAGCGGAAGAGCAGUCUCAAAGUGGUAUUGGGUUUUGGCCUGGUACCAGCACCGAUGUGAAUCCCCCCAAUGCCAGUCUUCGUCUUUAUGGAGGGGCUGCAUUUGAGAGGGUGAUGCAUGAAUUUCGCUGUGCUGCAUAUUCCAUUGAAUGCCCCCCAAUCUCGAGGGAAAAGGUUGCAAAUAUAUUACUUGCCCAUGCUGGCCGAGGUGGGGGAAGAGGGCUAACAGAGGCUGCUGCAGAGAUUGCACGUGCUGCUGCUAGAUCAUGGCUUGCUCCUCUUCUUGAUACUGCAUGUGACCGCCUUACUUUUGUAUUAGGAAACUUAUUUGAUUUGGCUCUCGAGCGAAACCGUAAGCACGAUUCAGCUUAUGGGAUAAAAACGGGAAACAUGGAUGGCUAUGUAGGUUUUCAUGCUGCUUUAAGGUGUGCUUACACUCGAUUCUUAAGGGAUCUUUCUAAGCAGUGCAAGCAGCUUGUUAGGCAUCACCUUGAUUCAGUUACCAGUCCAUACUCACAGGUCUGCUUCAACGACUUUCAACCAUGUGCUGGCUUAAAUGCUUCAAGUUUCAACAAAUUCCCCCAGAAUUCAGCCUCUUCAUUUUUUCUUGAAUUGAGUGAUGCAAAUUCGGAUGUAAGGAGGGAUCAAGAAAAUAUACCUCCAGAAAAGAAUGCACUGGAGGAAACAACACCAGGUAAAGCAGCAAAAGUUAGAGAGAGUCUGCGUGAAAGCCAACUCACAAUCCCUGAGACCCCUUCUCCUGAUCAGCCUGGUGAUCCUGUAUAUGGCGGGCCUAGAAAAGAGCUAGGAAUUUGCAAUGACAUGGGACCAAGAAAGAGAGCGUCCAGGAUGACAGGAAAUAGCAAAAAUUCUGACUAUGGUAGACUGCAAAAUGAUUCCAUUUUAUUUGGAAAUGGAGAGAGAACAGGAUCAGCAUACUCAGAAAUAUGUUUGUCAGCUGCCCAGCAUUUUGCACGUAUACGGGAAGUUCUAGUUGAAAGAGGCGUUACAUCGACAUUAAACUCUGGGUUCCUGACUCCUUGCCGAGAUCGUCUUGUUGUGGCUCUUGGAUUGGAUUUAUUUGCUGUGAACGAUGAGAAAUUCAUGGACAUGUUUGUUGCUCCUGGUGCCAUAGAUGUGCUACAAAAUGAACGCGUGUCUCUUGUGAAGCGUCAGAAGAUACUCCAUACUUGCUUGAAUGAGUUCAAAAAUGUUGCUCGGUCCCUUUGAUCUUCAAAGAGCAAAGAUUUUACUAUGCCUUGAUGAAUCCAUUAUGUCAGUGAAUCAAUGACACAGUUCGUGUCUACCAAUUGGAUUAUGGUGAGACCCUCCCUAAUUUGGUGUUGAAACCAACUAAAUGAUACAACAUUGGCAGACUCUUAUUUUACCUGCUUGUUGUAUAAAUGUGAGAUUGACUUGUUCACCUGAAAUUAGGGGCUAAAUCAUUAUUGGUUUGACAGUACCACCUUCAGAUGCCUGCUGAAUGCUGCUGAUCUCCAUGAUCAACCUCUAGAAAUCGCAAGUUGAUAAAAGGAUAUUGCACCUUUUCGCUUGAAUUACUGAUUACUUUAUAAAGAAAUGUUGGUCAUAUGAUUGAAUAGAUGUCAGUCAUGUCUAAACCUUUGGCUUCUAAUAGUGGGUAAAGUAUGUAUUCUAUGAAAUGGAUGAUUUGGUCACUGGAAGCGAUUAAAUUUGCGAUGUUUUUAUAUUUUCCUCCAACUUAUAUAACUUGCAUAAAAAAUAUUUCACUCAAGUUUGAUG